GUUUCUCGUGGAAGGUUUCUUGUGGACUCGCCUCCACUGUGUCCUCCUCCAUCUCAUUAUCUUGUCACGAAGGCUUCCGUAACCAUUCUGGCUCAAGCCAUUCUGGCUCGAGCCUCGCUGAGGUCGUUGGCUCGAGCUCUCUGCUGGUCGCGCGCGCGUUUGGACCUGGCCCAGAGAUCGACGGCGCCCGGGUGUUACAGUUGAAUUCCCAUGGUCCCACGCGCGCGUUUCUUCGGUCUCGUGGUGAUCCAGAGCUCCUGCUGGUUAUGCGAGGCGGGCGUCACCUGUGACGCGAGCUGGUGCAGCGACUUCCUCACGGACUGCUGGGCUGGAGCGGAGACGCAGCCGUGUUCUUGCGAGAGGGGCACCGCGCGCGUCCUCGACAGGCCCCCACCGUUGGCAGGGUAUUCGCAGCGGCUUCACCGCUAUACGUGUUGCGUGGAGCAUGGCUCCGACAACGUGAGUCUUCUGGGGGCUGGAGUUCCCCAUCCUGCGCGCUUCACGUUCCACAGAGACUUUUGUGGAAACUACGACUCCGCGUACAUGAGGGGUUCUUGUGUCUUCGCUGUGCUCUUGUGCGCUGUUGGGGCGGUGUUUGUUGCUGGAGGGCGACGCCAAUUUUUAGCUAGCAAGAGGUCGAUCGAGAUCGAAGGGGAGGAUGACAACUUCGAAAACUCCAUUACCCUAUCUGAUGGCAGCCAACUCCAUCACAGCAUUCCUCCGCAGAAUUGGUGCGUGAAGCGAGAGGAUUUACAACAAUUCCGAAGAUUAGUGCGGCGAGCAGUUCUGGACGGGCGCAUACAGCCCACCCAGCGAGACCCUUUCGAUCCGGCAGAAAAUGAGAUAGGGCCGAGCGUUCACACAGUCUGCGAGCAAUAUGUAGUCCCCACGACUUCCCGCGCCGGGAACAUGAGCUGGGCGCUUAUGCUUCAUCCCGAAGGCCUUCAAUGCGACCUUUUCAUAUCGCACAGCUGGGAAGAAGGUGUUUAUGAACUUUUGGAUAAGAUUAUUUACUCGUGGCCUGCUGGCAAACAGCAUGCGUACGUGUGCUUCCUGUCCAAUCCCCAAAAUCUGGGAAUCGCGGAUCUACUAUCAAGGCCAAGCGAUUCUCCUUUUGCCCAUGCGUUACGUUCGGCAAAGGACAUUAUGGUCGUGUCCAAUCGGAAAGGGAGCGUCUACAGCAGGAUCUGGUGCACUUACGAGGCCUACGUGGCGUACAAUUUUGACAAGAAGAUCUUCUGCGCGUCACGCCCUGUGCCUGGUUUAUGGCCUCGCGAAAUAUUCCAGUCGGGUGUGUGCAUCGUCGGGGUCAGCAUCGGUGCCACUUUCUGGCUUAUCAUCGUGUUUCUGGGCCUCGAUCACCUUGGGUAUUAUUUUCAAUGCCUUCUAAUUGCCUUGGCGAUUGGCACUACAGUUGCAUACACCGUCCAGCGGAAAAGGCCAGCAAGCCUUGCCUGCCGCCGUUGUUGCGCAGUGGCGGCAUUUUUCGCUAACGCCUGCCUGGCGUUUACAUGGCAAAUGGACAUCACCUUUCCCAUGAAUUGGGUGGGCAUUUUGAUUACCAUAAUCUAUGGCAUGUGUCUGGAAGCCGACCGUUUAUGGGCCGUCGAAGCCGCUCAAGAGAAGGUGAACCUGAGCUCAGGCUACACGGGCCACGUUCGAGACGCACGAUGCUCCGUGCCAGAGGACGGCGAGCAGAUUCGUAGCGAACUGCACGGGCAGGAGUCUGCUGUAGACCAUUGCGUGGAAGUUCUGAUUCACACAGGGCUGUCCACAAGGCACCUGCGCGACGCAGCGGAGCGAGCUGGCAGACUCGGCAACGUCAGCAACUGGUACACCGCCUCGGUCGUCGCGCAGGCGGGUGGGAUUUGGGUUUGGCUUCCUGCUCAUUCGGUUUGGUGGGGUGACUCGUGCACUUUCGACCAUGGGGCCACAGCUUACUUAUGCGUCCUGGAAGGAGUUACUUGGUUUGUUUUGUUCGGUUGCUCGGUGGGCGUAGACCGCAGAGCAUUUGCAGCGAAGUCGCUUCUGACCAUGAUGAUCUGUCUGGCGGCUCACAUGUACUCAGCCUGCGCGAUGAUGAUUACCUGUUCUCUGUUCGCAGGUCCGUUCGUGCUGACCCUCAGCUUUGCAGGGCCUGCCAACGUCGCUCGCGUACCUCUGGCAGGCCGCAUGAUGGUGCGCUUCUUUCUGGGCGACUGGGAUGCCUGCAGCCCUUGUGCACGCGGUGCCCAAACGUGUUCGGUCGAGCUGCAACGAAGAGUCUGCAGUGAGCGAGCAGACGAUGACCCCGCAGACGUGUAUGGACGCAGAGAGGACGAAGCAAUGUGUAUCUGAUCCACGGGGGACUGAGUGUGCACUGGCCGCCUCUUCCGACCACGCUGCCACGGCUUCAAACAUAUCAUGUUCCACCAGACCCGGUUGAGCUGGGGACUUAGUCUGCAUGUGCAGCUCCGGAUCAAAAUCCGAAAUCUUCUGCAGGCGCCCAUUUGUUUAGCUCGAAAGCUCUUCACUGACGGCGAAAUCAUUGAAUUUGAGGUCCUGCCAGUGCGACCAGGAGGGGUUUCUGCACGUGCUCCGCCAGCUGGCGUGACAGCUCGUGCAUUCAACAUCCAGGCUGUGUUCCCUCCUUCCUCCGUCUUUCCGCGAUCUUCUUGCAAGUGCUCCGCCACCCGCCGUGACAUCGCGUGCAUUAUUUCUGGCAGAAGGCAGUUGCCUUGCCUCCUUUUGCAAUCUUCGUUCCUUCUGCACGUGCUCCGCCGGUUGGCGUGGCAGCGCCUGCAUGGUAUAUUGUGAAGGACUCACGGCUGCCCGACCCAGAACGACGGCCACGACGACGACGACGACCAC